UUAACACAGUUAUUGUUUAGAAUCCUCGGCGGCGGCGGGCGCGUCGUCCUCCUCCUCCUCAAGCUCUCGCCGCACGUAAGCGUUCCGGUUGAGCGCGUAGCGGAAGGGCUCGCCCGGCACGGUCCUCAACAGCUUCAGCGACGUGAGGUAGCGCAGGUGCCGCUUCAUGUCGGACUUGCUCUCGAGGCGGUCGCGCGCCGGCCACGCGCCCUGCGCGUCCUCGACGCCGGCCCAGAGGUCGCCGACGGCCGCGCCCGGGCUCGGGCCGUCGUCGACGAGGCGCAGCAGGCGCUGGUUCACGGCCGGCCGGUCGUUGCGGCGGCGCGCCGCCGUUGUCGCGAGCGGUCGUGUCGGUGCGCUGCGCGCCGGCGUCGUCGCGAGCAGUCGUGUUGGGGCGCGCCGCGCCGUCGACGUCGCGAGCAGUCGUGCUGGUGCGCGGCGGCCUACGGCGCUCGCGGCGAGCAGCAUGGUGUAGCACAGCUCUAGCAAUUGGCUGCAAACGUAGCGGUAUGCCACAAAGGGUAGCAAACACUCUUGCCACUCGCCCUCGCACGGUUAAUAGCGCGCUCCGCGGCUGCUUUGCGAUUG